UUCUGAAAUAAGUCCCUAUUUUUUUGUCAAAUAAUGAAUAUGAAACACCUCUUUACUAUUUAUAUCGAAAAAAUUGUUAAAAAACUCAUUUUCUAAAAAUAAAUAAGGGCUUAUUUCUUUUUUUAAGUAGUCCCCAAACAGGCACUUAGUCCAGUCCCACUACUUAACAAAAUCAUUUAGACAUCGAGCUUCUACGUCCAUUACUAACUUACAACAUCAGACUCACAGAUAAAAUCGAUCAAACAAACCAUAAAUCCAUAAUCAUUAACAAACAACAAACACUACAAAACUUAUAAAACGACUUCAAUCACCCGAGAACCAAACAUUCCAGUAAUCCUCUACAACACAAGUAACCAACUCGCUCUAUCCCUCGCUCUGCAAUUCUCUCUAUCCCUCGCCGAUGGACAAGUCCCAAUUGAGACAAUACCUUCAAUCUACCAUGUCUGGUGUUGCUGGUGUUCAAUCUACAAUUGUGUAUGAAGAUCCUCUACUACAAAAUGUUACAUCAAACAUUCAACAAUUUGCACGAACCCAAUUUGCUAAGGAAAAAUGGGAGUAUAAGAAGCGAUUUCAUCUCGGUUCUUUGGCUAAAAUCAUUUCAGAAUUAAAUUGGAGCAAUGUUGAUUACGAGAAGUUGUUGACAUCAAGGGAGGAUAAAAAAUAUCGACGUGAUGAUUGGAAUGUAGCUGAACACCGAUUUUCAGGAGAGGUUGAACUAGACACAGACGUUGCUGAAUCUUUUUGUGAAAUCCUCAAACGUGAGUUGAAUACUGAGCAUAAGUGUUACAUUAUUUCUCCACUUUGUUGGGGUGCUAAUGUGCGCAGUGCAGGCCUCGAUUUUCACUUUAAGCACUCCAUUCACUGUGCAGGCAAUGAAAAGACUCACAUUGGGGUAAUCGAUGAGAAUCACUUCUUCUCGAUUCACGUUAUAUUUGAGGAGCACAAAAUCUACAUCAUGGAUUCUUUGUAUCCUCUCCAUUCCACACACCGAUUGCAUGUUUAUCUGUUGGUACAUGAAUUUGUUCUCUUACUUUUGUCUAUUAGUUUCCUGUUUUUUUUACCAGAAAAAGGCUUUUUUUGUUAACUGUCGCAGUUCCAACAUUUUGUUCUCUUAGUUUU